AUGUCCCAGGUCCCCCUCUGGAGCAAAACUUCCGUGAGGCAGAGGUGGGAGCUCCUGGGGAUCCUGCUCCAUCCCAAUCCUGCAGGGAGAUGUCCCUCAGGAAGCCACCUGAGCAGGAAGAUCGGGAUCCAGGGAUUCCCCCCUCUUCUCCCAGCAGUGAUUAUUCCAGGAUAUCCCAGUGGCUUCCAGAGCUGCUGGGAUCCCUCCCUGAGCUGGGAGCACUCCCCAGGCUGGGACAGCAGUGGGAUCCCGGGAAAAGCUGUUCCCACUCCAGCUCCCGUGGACUGGAAUCCGUGGGGUUGGGUGGGAGGCGAUCCAUGGGGUUGGGAGGGCCGGAGAAUUCCCCCUGGGAAUUUCCCAGUGUGCAUGGCCGGCUCUGUGCUCCUGGUUGUGCUUCCUCCGUGUUGUCCCCGUGUCCCGUCCUCGUGUCCCGUCCCGUGUGCGGAGCUCCGGCUCCAUCCGUGUCCCAGCUCCCGGAGCCGUUCCCGGUUGAUUUUUCCUUGUCCUUUUCUGCCAAGCGCUGAAUUCCCAAGGCUGCGGCCCCAUCCCGGGAGAGCGGCGCCGGAUCCCGACGCUCCGGGAAUGCCGGGGGCUGCCUUCCCGCUUUCCCAACAGCUGCUGGAUGCCAUUCCCAGGGAUUUGCUCUGCUCCCGGGUGGGGCAGAGGCGUGGGAUGCUCGCAAGUCCCCGGCCUGCUCCGGUCUUUCCUGGAACACCCGGAGCGGGGUCGUUCCGGAGGCUCUUCCCGGCUGUGGGGGGCUCACCCCAUCGGAUCCAGCCGUGGAUUCAUUCCCUCACUCCCGGUGUCACGGAAAUUUGGGAUAUUUGGGGGACACCAGGAGGGAUCUGUCCCUUGUGCUGGCACUGGGGGCACUUGGAUCAUCCUACGGAUCAUUCCGGGGUUUAUCCCAGGGCUUAUCCUGAGGUUCAUCCCGAGGUUCAUCCUGGGCCUCAUCCCGAGGUUCAUCCCAGGGUUCAUCCCAAGGUUCAUCCCACAGCUGCCGGGCUCAGGACAGUGGGAAUUCUGUGUCCUGCUCCCACACCUGAUCCCGGAUCCUUUGGGGUGGCCGUGUCCCACCCAUUGGAGUUCCCGGGAUUAGGAAAGCUUUGGAUACUGUUUGAUCCUUGCCCGGAAUCCCUGCCCAGUUCCCAGUAUCCCUGCCCAGUUCCCAGUAUCCCUGCCCAGUUCCCAGUAUCCAUGUCCAGCUCCCAGUAUCCCUGCCCGGCUCCCAGUAUCCCUGCCCAGUUCCCAGUAUCCCUGCCCAGUUCCCAGUAUCCCUGUCCGGCUCCCAGUAUCCCUGUCCGGCUCCCAGUAUCCCUGCCCAGUUCCCAGUACCCCUGCCCACUCCCAGUAUCCCUGCCCAGUUCCCAGUAUCUCUGCCCAGUUCCCAGUAUCCCUGCCCAGCUCCCAGUAUCCAUGUCCAGCUCCCAGUAUCCGAAAAAGCCAGGGACAGGGUUUGAGUUGGGAUUAGGGUUGGGAUCGGAGUCAGGAUUAGGAUUAGGAUUAGGAUUAGGAUCAGAGUUAGGAUCAGGGUCAGGAUCAAGGUUAGGAUUAGGAUUGGGAUCAGGGCCAGGGUUAGGAUCAGGGCCAGGAUCAUAUCUGACUUAG